AGGCGCUGUAUACUAUCCCUAAAUACCUGCUCUUUACUGUAACCUAUUUCCCCACUAGCCGAUCCCUCUUCAAGACUUUCAGAUAUUUUUGUCAUGUCCAAGUCGCAUACAGACGUGCUGGUUGCUCUCGAGGCGCUUAAGCGCCAUAGUUUUCGUGCAUUUGCUGUACUUGUUGCACGCAUUGUGGAUGAUGGUGCCAAACCACAGCCCCAAGUCUCGCAUAUUGCGUUGGAUAAUGAUCUAGAUGCGCUAUCCAAUUGCAUCGGUUUGCAGCAACCACUUUUAGAGCCAUUCCAAGUGCGCUCACAAACCCCUGAGCAACAAUCAUCACUUCCACUACUGAAAUUUCAGGAUUAUAGUCCGGUAGUAGAAUCUGCCCAUACAUCUCAAACUCCAGUUCAAGAUGCCAGUUCUUUUGAUACAGAAUCUCCCAUUUUAACCCCGCAAGCAUUUCCAAGUCCAUUACCUUUGGCUGCUUCAGGACGGCGUCGUGGUUCUAUUACAGAAGCGGCUUCCAAUAUUGUUCAACGAGUACGUCGACUCUCUGUUGUUGCUGCAAGUAUUGGAAAAACAGUAUCCAGUGAUCAACGAUCUCCUGACCCCAAAAGGCAGUCAGUCGCGACGAAGAGUAUGAAUUUUAUGUCACCUGGAACAGCAACUCCACCUCGAUAUAGUAUACAGGAAAAAGCCAGCAAGAUCUUUACAUCGUAUAGUCAACACGAGUCCGCUCCUAUUUCUCCUCCUGAAGAACAUAUACAUGACAAGAAUCUUGAGGAGCUGCUGAGUGAUCACAAUGUGGCUCUUUUGCUCGGUGCUUUAUGCAAGGCCAUUUUUCAAUUCUUGGAGGAAGAACCCGCAGUUGCUUUAGCUACUCCUAGUCCUUUGCCGUUGAUGGCAAAUAGCUCUUCCAACGAGUUUUCUAAAGCAACUAGCGAAGGUACUUCGUGCAUUCAGCCAGUAACUACUACUAAAUCUCCAUUGAUUGAGGAUGCCGUGUCUGCGGAACGUCAGUCUAAAACUUCCGAGUCCACAAUUCCACCUUCAGCUCAACAAAGCCAUAAUCAGCUUGCUAUACCAUCUACAAAACCUUAUGCUGAAAGUUCUGUUUCGUCUACUUGCAACGAAAAUGAGGAAGCCAGAUUUCAGCGGAUUGUUUCAUGCGUUGAAACCAUUCAAAUCGCUUUUGAAACCAAUGAUCUUUCUGAAUUAUCAGAUGUAAAAAAGGCUCUAUGGACAGAAAUUAUGUCGCUUCUUCCAGCCGUGCAGCAAAUCAGCAAGCUAUACGGAGAAAAGCUUCAAAAGCAAGCACAAAACACGUCUACUAGCUUACCCAAAAUUGAUCACAAUCGAUCUUUGGAUGCAUCUGAUACCCCAUCCUGCAAAUUCUUUGACUUUUCUGAAAUGCUUGAUAUGAAUCCCGAUGGUACUCGAUCGUAUCCAGGAUCCAAUGAGUUAUCCAAAGUGGUUCUAGCUAUCGAUCAUAUUCUUCAAAUUGCUCCACGUAUGGACAAUCAAACCGUGAGUUUGUCUGAUUCCAAACUGCGCGAUAUCUCUGCAGCUCAACUGAUUGGUCUUAUCGAGCGUCUCAACCGUGGAGCAACAUAUUACUCUGGCCAAAGAGCCUAUCCAGAAACCAAAUAUACAACCUUAAAUUUCCUUACAGAGAAAAUUGCCCAAAGUGCCAAGCUUCGUCUUAACAAUCAAUGCUUCAUCAUGACAGCAGAUCAAUCACGACAAAUGGAUUUAACCAAGCUUGGAGGAAUGAUGGAAAAUGGACAACGACUACGGCUAGCUAACCAAGACUGGAUGUCAAAAGAGCAACGCAUGUAUGAGGACUUGUCGGCACUGCAGCAAAAACUAAGUGCUAUAGGAGAAUCUCGUAUGCAUAACCAGCGAUUUGAGCUUACACCAGAUAAACAAAGAAACAUGUUUAUAUACAAGAUUUCUGGACAGAUUGAAAAGGGGCAACAACGAAGAAUGUCGAACCAGGAUGCUGUAUAUGAAAGAUGUUCUUUGGGAAAAAGCAAAAAAGAGGAUCUUUUCGAGUUUGAAAAAACACUUGAUCGAGCAAAAGCCUUGCAUCAAACGACAAACCAAAAAACUGAUAGUAAUAGUUUAAAAUCACGCAAAGUUUGCGCUGCUACAUCUGAGUUAGUGUAGCUUAUUGAAUUGCAUUUUCAAUUUUUUUAAAGUCAGUCGCAUUCACGUAAAAUGGAUCAUUUUAUGUAUUUAUCUUGAAUUGACUAUUUUGCUCUGCAAUAAACACUCGUCAAAUAUUUGUUUGCUUUUCUACU